AUGUCCAAAUGGUGGGAGACGAUAAACAAAUUCAGAGGAAGAAAAGGAGAACAACAAAAGAACGAAAUAUCUGCAAAUCAAUGGGUGGAACACUUCGAGAAGCUGCUGAACAGGGAUGACGGGGCAAUAGAUGAUGAGGAAGAUGAGACAGAGCCGUGGUGCGGAGAGGGCGAAGACCUGGAGUCAGUAGAUCCAAGACUGGACGAGAUAUACAUGGUAAGAGAAGUGAGGAUGACACUGAGAAAGCUAGGGAACAAUAAGGUUGCAGGGGAGGACGGGAUAGCUGCAGAAUUCCUGAAAAAUGUAUCGCAGGAUGUUGAAACUGAUCAAUCGGCUGAUACAAGUUUUCAUAAUAAAAAUGAUUCAGUUGUAGAACCACGCUUAAAUAAUGUAUAUGAAACUGAUCGCAGUGAUGGAACAGACGAGGAAUAUAGUAAUAGAGAUGAAAAAAAAAGUAAUGAGAGUAAAGAAGAAGACAGUGAUGAUGAUGACAAUGAAGAUAUUGACUGUUUAAACAAAAACAAUACUGAAGAAGAAAAAAAUGACAUUUAA